UAAACCAGCAGAACAGGAGGUAGAAGACUGAGAGCCCUGGGAAGAAAGGUCUCACCGAAUUCAAAUCCACCAUGUGGAGAAACUCACAGAGUCUCUAUUCAAAACUCGUUUUCUCCCGAAACCCUAACCCUAACCCUACUUUUCUCACUUCUUCAUCCAUUUCCUCUCUCGAUGCCAUUGUUAGACCAUUCUCUAUCGCCUCAGAUGGAGCACGAACUGUCGGAUCUACCAUCAAUACGACGUCGUUGUCGGCCAGAGACGCCGUCGACCUUGCUCGCCACUACGGUCGCUGUUACUGUGAGCUCUCUAAAGCUCGCCUCAGCAUGCUGGUUGUAGCAACUUCUGGGACUGGAUUUGUUCUUGGCAGUGGCAAUGUCAUUGAUUUUGGUGGACUUUUUUGGACUUGUGCUGGUACCAUGAUGGUUGCAGCAUCUGCUAACUCCUUAAAUCAGGUGUUUGAGAUAAAUAAUGAUGCUAAAAUGAAGAGAACAAUGAGAAGGCCGCUACCUUCUGGUCGCCUUAGUAUACAUCAUGCAGUCACCUGGGCUUCUUCUGUUGGUGUAGCUGGCACUGCUAUUUUGGCAUGCAAGGCUAACAUGUUGGCAGCGGGGCUUGCAGCUUCUAAUCUUCUUCUUUACGCCUUUGUAUACACUCCAUUGAAGCAAAUUCAUCCAGUGAACACCUGGGUUGGAGCUGUUGUUGGUGCUAUUCCGCCACUGCUUGGGUGGGCUGCAGCUGCCGGACAGGUUUCACUCAAUGGAAUGAUUCUUCCUGCUGCCCUCUAUUUUUGGCAAAUACCCCAUUUUAUGGCCCUAGCAUACUUGUGUCGUGAUGAUUAUGCUGCUGGGGGGUAUAGAAUGCUUUCUUUUGCUGAUGCAUCUGGUCGGAGAACUGCAGUGGUGGCUUUGAGGAACUCCCUGUACUUGAUUCCAUUGGGUUUCAUAGCCUAUGAUUGGGGUGUAACUUCAGGAUGGUUUUGUCUUGAAUCAUCACUCCUCACCCUUGCAAUUAGUGCUGCAGCAUUUGCUUUCUACAGAGACCGCACAAAACAAAAGGCCAGGAGGAUGUUCCAUGCCAGCCUCCUGUAUCUCCCAGUAUUCAUGUCUGGGCUUAUAGUUCACCGUGUGACUGAUAACCAACAGGGCCUUGUCCAAGACAACUCCGAGAAGACGGUUGAGCUAUCAUCUUCCUCGGGCACUCUAGAACAGGAGAAUGAAAAUGUGAGAAGUCAGAACAAGGCAAGGUGGCCUGCAGCUGGGAGUCCAGCAAAGUCACCAGUGGCUUAUGCGUCUGUGGCACCAUUUCCUUUCCUGCCGGCUCCUAUUUAUUCGGCUGAUUAAUCUCUGUAUAUGCAGUUGAGUUUAAUCUCUGUAUAUGCAAUUAAGUUUAUGUACAAUAAAGAUUAAGGUGGGGUGUCAUCAUGUACUUUCUCUUUCAGGUUGGCAACAUUUUUCCGGAUGUUGGGUUCGAAAUAAUAAUGUUUGGUUUGGCCAGUUUUGGUUGAGUUUUACCUACAAUGCGAUCAGGUAAAUCCAUUCAUUGUAUAAGCGGCAACAUUUAUAUGCAAAUCAGUUAAUUGCUUUUAUCCUCUA